AUGGGACACAGAAAAAAAUUGAUAUCGUCUGUGGCUAUAAGUCUAUGGCUGGUAAGGAGGCAGAAUGGCAGCGCAUGCGCGAGGUCCGCCUCGGGAGUCGGGUGUGCAGCGGCCGAACGCGGCAGAACACGGUCACGCUUGCGUGUGUCGCCAUUGAUCGACGCUCCGCGCUCAGACAUCUCGGCCGCCGUCGCUGCGGCGAUCCGACUCACCAUGCAGCCCCCGCCUAGGAAGAGCAACUAUACGAAGUUUCUAAAGAAUCUACAUACCGAGCAAAUUGCGAAGCUCCAUGCUAAAAAUCAACAUGAAUGUGACUUGUUGGAAGACCUUCGUACUUAUACUAUUAAGCGUUCGGCCAUAGAAAAAUCUUAUUCUGAGGCACUGCUAAAAAUUUCUUCAGCAUAUCUAAAUAAGAAAAUACCAAACAUACCCGACAUAAAAGUGGAUGGCGCCGAGGAGAAAUGGAAUAUGUGGAACGUUUGGCGAACAGUAUUAGAAGAAAAUGAGAAGCUCGCAAGAGCGAGACUGGCUGCAGUGGAAGUGUUCCAGCAGCAAAUCGCUGAUGAGGCGAAGGUUCUGCGACAGCACAAACUAAAUGUCGCGAAAAAAUGUACUGAUUCCUUGGCCCAAGCGCACAAAGAGUUACAGUUAACAGUUAUAGAUGUGGAUAAAACCAAGAAGCUAUACUUUGAUGAAGAACAUACUGCACAUGAUGUUAGAGAUAAAGCUAAAGAUAUCGAAGAAAAAUUGAAAAAGAAAAAGGGCUCAUUCUUUCAAUCUAUUACGUCUUUGCAAAAGAAUAGUGCCAAGGUGUCAUCUCGUAGAGAUCAGCUUGAAGAAAAAUCUACUGGGGCGAGAAAUGAUUAUCUACUGAGUAUUUCAGCUGCAAAUGCUCAUCAAAAUCGCUACUUUCUUGUUGAGCUUCAAACUUGUAUGCAAAGCAUGGAAUCAGCUGUUUAUGAAAAGGUUUCUGAAUUUCUCACCUUAAUGGGUCGUACUGAACUAUUGACAUGCUCUGCCACUCAGCAUUCUUUCGGUAAAAUAAGAGAUCAAGCCCAACAACUUACUCGGGAAUAUAAUCUGCAAUGUCUUUAUUUGUAUUAUCCCGUCCUUAAACAACAUAUUCAGUAUGAAUUUGAACCAUGCGACAAUGAUCCAAUUGAUACCGUGACAAUGGAACAUGAGACUGUUUCACAAACACUAGCACAAGAGGCUCGACGGUGGGCAACACGUGUUGUCAGAGAGACAGCUCAGGUCAGAGAUGCCGUACGCAAAUUACAUCUCUAUCAAGCUAUGCGUGAUGCAGGACAAAAGGUCGAUCCUAAUGAUCCUAAUGGACCAGAACUUGACGUACGUAUGGAUGAGCUAAAAUCUAAUAUUCGCCGUUCAGAAACUUCAAAGGCAAAAUAUGAAGCCAGGUUGGAAUGCCUACGAAACAGUGGUGCACCUGUAGAUGAGUGGUUAAAGGAAGUUGAUUUGCUUGCUGUUCAGGAUACUUUACCUCGAAGCAGCAGUCUGCUUAGCGUUCGUACAGAUGCUUCAGGAGCAGCUGAUCAGCCUAGCUCAGAUUCAUUCUAUGAUAGUGAUAACACUGAAGGGGAGGUAGCCACUACUUCAGCCGUGGCAAGCACUUCAGGCCACCAAAGAACAAUAUCUGGAUCACAAAAUGAAGAUGAACAUGACGAAGACGUUGACGCUGCUUUAGAAGAAGAGCGUAUGCGUAUUGAACAAUUAACUGUUGGUUGGGAUGAUCCUACACAAGUGAACUGGGGUGAGGCGGAAGCUGAAUCUGCUCCUCCACAAACUACAGAACCUCCAGCGCCUCCGUUGUAUAAGUGCACUGCUCUGUACUCUUACACAGCCCAAAAUCCUGAUGAGCUCUCCAUAAUUGAAAGUGAACAACUAGAGGUAGUAGGUGAGGGUGAUGGUGACGGUUGGCUCCGCGCUCGUAACUAUCGUGGUGAAGAAGGUUAUGUGCCACAUAACUAUCUUGAUGUUGAACGUGAACAGGCAACUAGCGCUCCGGGAUUGGUGUCUCAAAUAUCUUUUUCAUCUGUGGAUUAUACAGUAGAGGGUGAGGAUGCUGAUAUCGUGCAAUCUCCUGAUCAAAUAUCCGUAAUUUCUGCUCCUGUUGCCAAACCUGAGGAACAUAAACCUGAGGAGACUCCAAAGGAGGAGCCUGAAACAAAGCCAGAACCAUUGCCAACUCUUGGAUAUUGCUUUUCCUUAUACGAUUACGAAGGAGAAGCAGAUGAACUUACUCUCGAGGAAGGACAGAUUAUACGCAUAGUUUCACGUGAUGCUCAUGGUGUUGAUGAUGGCUGGUGGCGCGGAGAAGCCAAUGGUGUUAUUGGCAACUUUCCAUCUCUUAUUGUCGAUGAAUGUGAUGAGAAUGGGGAACCACUUAGCGGAGGUGAAGAUGAUUGGACUCCACCAGACUCUGCUCCACCUGUGUUUGCUUCACCGCCUGAAUCACCGUCUGGCGCGUUUAAUGAUGAGAUGAUCGUAACUGAGAACAACAAUACUAAGACCGCCGCUCCACCGGCGGACCCGCCCCCGCCGCCCCCGGUGGACAUGGGCGACUCCAUGGACAGCCAGCCAGACUUCAGCUUUAAUCUAGAACUGACUAGGAAUCAACACGAGCAGUAUGAUACACAAUUCACAGGACCACCCUCAGUCACUCCGCCCGUCACUAUCGUUGUCGAUGAGGUUGUCGGUGAAAUUUUUGAGGAGGAGGAGGUGGAGGAGUUGCCCCCUGCCCCCAAGCCGAAGCCUGCGCCCCCACAAGUUGAAAUAACAAAUGAAGAUUGUGGGCUCGGUGUGGCACAGAUAGUCAUCACGGCCGCCACGCCCAUGAUGGAGGAGCCCGAACAACCCUUCCCUCCCCUGGAGCCUGAGCGCGAUCCUGAGACCGAGACGCAGCAAGAACCCGAGCGCCCUGAAGAUAACGAUGACGAGGAAUCAUCACUUUCUGAGCAAACUGCAGUUUGCUUACGCGACUCGGAGGAAGGUCACGCCGACUCCGCCCCGCACCCGGCCUCGAGCUCGACGGCCUCGGAGGGCGAGUCGACGGGCGCCUCAGUGGCCUCAGGGCCACCCACCGCCCCGCAGUCCCCCCCGGCCGCCCCCCGCGCCGGACGCGCCUCCAUACCUGACGAACUUGAGCCCGCGCAACUCGCGAGGUUGACGGACCUCAAAGAAUCCAAUGCU